GGAGGGCGGGACGGAGUGGAGAGGGCGGGCCCGGAAGGCGGAAGUGCCUGGGCUUCCGGUCUUCGUGAGCGUGUGAGUUGUGAGUGGUGAGCCCGUUCAGAUAAAAUAUGGCUAAAAGCUUACGGAGUAAGUGGAAAAGGAAGAUGCGUGCUGAAAAGAGAAAAAAGAAUGCCCCAAAGGAGCUUAGCAGACUUAAAAGUAUUCUUAAAGUAGAUACUGAUGUUCUAAUGAAAGAUGUUCAAGAGAUAGCAACUGUGGUGGUCCCCAAACAUUCUGAGGAGAAAACCCAGUGUGUGGUGAAAGAUGAAAAAGAUGACAUGAAAAUGGAGACUGAUAUUAAGAGAAACAAAAAGAGUCUUCUAGACCAGAAUGGACAGUACCCCAUUUGGAUGAACCAGAGGCAAAGAAAAAGACUGAAGGCAAAGCGAAAGAAAGGGAAGGGGAAAAGCAACGCAAAGGCAGUGAAGGCGGCUAAGGGUCUGGCCUGGUAGACUUUUAAAAACAAAAAAUGACAUAUGGGACAGAUCCUUGAUUAGAAGAUGUUCACUGAUUUCAGCUUCCACCAAAUGAAAACUUUCUUUCCAUAUUUUAGCUGGGUCUAUUUCUUCAGUUCAAACCCAACAUGACACCUCAGAUUUGUUUUGAGAACUGAAUAAAAUAUUUUUCUUGACGAAUGAAAGCUACACUGAUACUUUAAUUAGAUGCUGUGUGAUAUGUAGGGAUUAUGAGAUAUCGAAAUUAUACCAAGUAUUAAUGUGGUAGCAGUUGUUUUUGGUAUUAGUAAAGAUAAAUGAUAUUAUACUAACUCAGAUGUCA